AUGCAAGCCAGCCUAUUCUACAGUGUUUGUGAAACCAUAGCAACAGGCUUGAGAGGCGGAGCUAAGAACAACUCCGAUCGAGAAACAAGUUCAUUGCGCGACACAUAGAAAUCUAACGCACAUGGAUUUUAAAAAAAUAUCAGUCACUUCAAAACGAGAGUCGAAAUCUCCAAGGAAAACGGGUGGUAAUGGGAAACCGGCCGUCAUUUGUUCUCGUCCGGACGAAGUUCCUGCAUUGAAUCUACAUGAACUGUUUGAGGAUGAGGUCUUGUUGGAUGGAUGUCAUGACCUGCACGUCCAGUACUCGUGUGUGCCACGCCCCCCGAUCAUCCAUGCGUGCUCCCCCGAUUGUACCCAGUGUUUUCUAUCAGAUGUCACAUAUAAUCCCGCAUGUCACAUCAGUCCUUCCGACUCCUUAUCUACCCUCAGCUGGAGUCCUCCCGCCUCCAUUCCACGUUACCAGUCCAGCCAAUGGGGUGAAGAGAUGAUGGUGCCCAGUGAUCUCCCCCCACCCUCUGAGAGAUACAGGAUGCGGUAUGAGCGGCAUGAAGCGGAACUGAGGGAGAACUGGAAGCCUGACUCUCAGAGGGAGAUCAGUAUGCGGGGAAUGGCAACCGCUGAACCACCAUGGGGGCUGGCUGUCUGCGUAGACGAUCGCUCCACGGAGGAAGAGGAGGCACUUGGGCAGCAGUGCCACUACACCAUGCAGCCGAGCAUGAGGAAGAUGGAGGCGGAGGACGUUGCCAUGGAGAAGAGAAAGCAAGCUGUGGUGGAGCAGGUCAUGGUGGACCAGCUCUCCCGGGCCGUCAUAAGUGACCCUGAUCAGACCUCAUCUGCUCUGGAGCGAAUCCCGUCCGCCGCAUUUGGAGAUGUGCCUUCGCGAUGCAAGAAAAGAACGCUGCAUGAGACAAAAGUGAAAACCAGCUCGACGAUGACGGAGCAUUUACUGUCCAACAAGCUGCGUUUUGUUGCUCGACUGCUUUCAAGGAACGGCCGUGAUGCUAGCAGGGAGCUGGUUGGAUUUUUCUUCACUUAUGAUGAUUCGUUAACCAUAUAUGAGUAUCGUCACUUCGGAAAAAACAGGACCAACGCGCUUCCCUUCAUUCCCAAGGGCAGCUACCGGCAUCAGUGUGGCAGGAAGAAGGGCAGUGCCUACAGCAUCCAUGACAUCUACGUGGGGGGCAGCUUGCUGUUCUCCACAAGCGGACAGAACCUACCAGAGAGUAUGAGGCAGAGGCCAUGGCUGUGGGUCCGAAUCACCGACGUGGACGAGCUGACUAAGAACAAGCUGCUGUGCUCAGGUGGAGACAGUAAGCAGGACGAACUUGAAGAGAGGAACACCCUGAAAGUCAUUCAAGGGAGGGUGCAGGAGAAGCUGAAGAAGAGAGGUAUCCACACCCUCAUGAGCCUGGGGCAGCACCUCCAGAUCAAGGAGAGAAACGGCAACGGGUUGCUGACAAGGGACGAGGCCCGGAGGGCUCUAGAGGAAUACCAGCUCAGCUUGUCUGAUAAGGAGUUUGAUGAUAUCUGGCCUAUCCUGGAUAAAGAUGGUGAUGGUCGUGUGGAUUGCAGUGAGUUCAUUCGAGAUGUCAUUGGAGAAAUGAACGAGUUCCGGAAAUCUUUUGUCCGAAAGGCUUACAUGAAGCUUGAUCCCACCAAGUCUGGCUACGUACUCAUGACUGAUAUUGAGAAGUUCUACUGUACUAAAGGUCACCCAAAGGUCAUCUCAGGGGAGGCCACAGAGGAGGAGCUGCGCGCUGGCUUCACGCAGACCCUGCAGUGUGCCUGCACUGACCUGAAGAUGCUCUCGUACGGCACGUUUGAGGACUACUACGAGGGCCUGAGCAUCAAGAUAGCUGACGACCUGGACUUUGCCAGUGUUUUGAAGAGUUCAUGGGGCAUUUGAGCUCUGUGUGCUGUCACUGGACAGCAUGCGGAAGGUGAGAGCUUCUCUGAAUAACUGACAGGCUGCAUCCCAGGGACAAUGAUAGUGAACACAUGGGACAAGAUAUGAAUUCAAAUUAUUACUAAGCCAUACAGAAUGCAAACGUGUGGCCAUUCAUGAAACUGUAGAUCCAGACAAGCAGUUUAAGAACAAGUAACAAGAUAUUUGUGCUAUGUUAAAGAAUAGCCAUAAAUGAUAGUUUUUCAAUUGUUCCUGUCUGUAGUCAGAAUAAAAUUUAAUCUAAAAUAAAAAAGUUAGUCUAGCAAAGAUGUUUUCAAUAUUGCCAGCAGAUGGAGCCACAACCAAAGUAUUUUCACCAGCAUCCAUCUUUUUUUUAAUUAUUAUUUCUGUAUGGCACAUUUGCCACUCUCUAUUACAAACUUCAUACAUGCACCGAUUGUUAACAUUCUUGUUUUGUUCUUAUUUUGCAUGCAUAAUGAAAAGUAAUUCAUGACCAGCUGGCAACGUUUACAACCCAGCUUGAGUCGUUCGGAAUAUGUGCUUGUUAAUCAAGAAUCAGCUGGUUGGUGCUGAAGGUCUUUUUAAGGUAGCGACAGUGGUGGGUAAUUCAGGUACAGAGAGUAAAAGUCCACACCAAGAUUUUGUUUCAGCCACCCAGUUGGGUAUAAACAGGCACAGAUAGUAUUCAACUACAAUAUAUGUGGCUAUUACAAUGUUUCCCAACCCAGUCCUCGGGGAACCCUGGACAGUUCAUGUUUUAGCUCCUUCCCAGCUCCCAGCCAAUCAGGAACAGCGAAUGCCUGGUACAGGUGCACUGGGGGCUGAGAGGAAACAAAAACCUGGACUGACCUGGGUUCUCUGAGGACUAGGUUAGGAAACACUGGGCUAUUAGAAUAUGCUAAUGUUAAUAAAUGGAUAUUGCUUUGUGGCUAAACUGAUCUCUUAAGACUGCUUUAUAUGUGAACCCAGAUAAGUCUAUAAGAAGUUGUUGCUGAUGAUUUUAGGCUAUUGAAACAUAAUCUAUGUAUCUUGUAUGUAUUUUCUUCAUUCCAAUGAGUUGAUGGCUUCAAAUUGUCAUUAGUAUGUGGUUGUGUGUAUGCAAGGCUCCUAUUCUGCAGUUGUUCAGCGGACUGUACUUAUUGGCCAUGUCUGGCAGAACCGUGCUGUGGUUGUGGGUUCGUGCCUCACAUGUUAUUAUUCCAGAAUUGCCCUCUCGGAUCAAUAAAGUUCAU